AUUUCCAGUUUAGUUCUGCCAGCGAUCUCCGAGUGCACACUCGGAUCGAAACUUUCCACUCCAUUAGUAUAUAGACUAUUAAGCGAUCACCAUGUGGGCAGAUCUCGCGGGCAAGGUGAUCUUGGUGACCGGAGCAGGGGCCGGAAUUGGGCAGGCCUUGGUCAAGCAGUUGGCCUCCGCGGGAGCCAACGUCAUCGCGGUGGCCCGCAAGCCGGAGCAGCUCCAGGAGCUGGUCACCUUCGAUCCGGAGCACAUCCAGCCCCUGCUGCUGGACCUCAGCGGGUGGCAGGCGGUGCGCGAGGGCCUCGCGAAGGUGCCCCUGCUGGACGGACUGGUCAACAAUGCCGGCGUGGCCAUCAUCAAGCCAUUUGCGGAGCUCUCCGAACAGGAUUUCGAUAUCCACUUCGAUGUGAACAUAAAGGCAGUUUUCAAUGUGACCCAGGCCCUGCUGCCCCGCCUCAAGGAUGGUGCCUCCAUCGUCAACGUGUCCUCGAUAGCCUCGAGCCGAUCCUUUGGCGGCCACACCGCCUACAGUGCCACCAAGGCGGCCCUCGACUCGCUGACCAAGUCACUGGCCCUGGAGCUGGGUCCGCGCCAGAUCCGCGUCAACUCCGUCAAUCCCACCGUCGUGCUGACCAAGAUGGGUGCCGACAACUGGUCGGAUCCCGCCAAGAGUGGCCCUCUGUUGGCCCACAUUCCGCUGAACCGCUUCUGCGAGGUGCAGGAGGUGGUGGACGCCACCGGCUAUCUGCUGAGCAGCAAGUCCAGCUUCGUGAAUGGCCACCACAUCCUCCUCGAGGGAGGCUAUGCCGUUUCCUAAGAAUGCAUUUUGAACUCCAAUGUGAAAGCCAACAGAUCGCUGAAUUAAAAUAUAAACUUAGCACUACAAA